AUGAUGAUACAUGCAACAAGUGGAGAAGGACUGAUGAACAAAACAGCAGAUGAGGCUUUUACUCUCUUUGAAUAUUUGAGUGCUAACUCUCAACAAUGGAGCCACAAUAACGGAAGAGGAUCUCCUAUGAAAGCUGUGGUCUAUGAGGCAGUGACUAGCCCUCUAGGAAACAAGGUGGAAGUUCAAGCAAGGAAUUCCCCUCAAGCACGUGCUAGAACAAGACCUCCCCCAAGAUUUCAAAUACAACAAAGGCAAUUCCAGCAAGCUCCCCAACGAGUGCAAGAGCAAAGGGGUGACCAAAUAGGAGAAUUGCAAGACAUGUUCAAGAAUUUCAUGGGGCAACAGAUGCAAACCAAUCAGAAUCUUCAAAAUCCAGUGAACAAGCUAGAAGUGCAAGUUGGGCAGAUUGCAUCCUUCUUGAGCAAUAGAGCAUCCGAAACAUUUCCAAGCCAAACGGAGGUGAAUCCAAGGCAUCAAGAGCAUGCUAAAGCAGUACACAUCUUGAGAAGUGGUAAACAAGUUGAUAAUAAGGUUGGAGAUGCCAAUGAAGAGCAAGAAGAUGGAGAAAACGUGGAGAUCAUUCAACCACCACAUGGGCAGCCCACAGAAGGUGCUGUUGGUCCGUCGCAAAUCUCGCGGCCUGGUGCUCCAGGCCGAGGGGAUGUGCGUCAACAAGUGACGUCCUCCUUUUGGAUGCGGUACGGUUGUGCGUGGGCGUGCCAGCACGGUCUACCGUGCGUCGAGGUGAUGAUGAGGUUCGGGCCGUUUAGUGGUGGUGUUGGUGGUGGGUUUUUAGGUAGUGCUCCGGCGCGUUGCUUAGAGAGCGACAGUUGUAUGAUAUAUGGGGUGAGUGAGGCGAUAACAGAGGUGGUGCUCCGACGCCUUGAAAAUCAAGGGUCGUAUGAUAUAUUGAUGAAUGGAUUUUCCUUACAGUCUACCACUACUCCUAAGAAAGCAAAUAAAGUCCUGAGCUUAGUAUUUAUAGGAGUCCUGGAAGGACAUUCGAGGCUGACAAGACCUGCGUGGUGGAGCCUAGCCGGGCAAGUGGAUAGUCAAAUCGGCAUUUGGGAUCGUGCAACAUGGUGGUCUGGGGUUGAGAAGCAUGGUGGUGUGACCCCCAUAAAUCUCGGCAAAUCUCGGCCACCGCCCUGA